UAUUUUAUUUCUAAUUAAUAAUAAAAAUGUAAAGUAUAUCGUAAUUAAGUUAGUUAGUUUUUCAAAAAAGAAAUCAAAUAUCAGAAGUAGAAAAACAAAAAAGAAGAUAAUUAAUAGAAUAAUAAAAAAUACAGCAAUAAGAAGACAUAUAGGUAAAAAUAAAAUAAAAAAUCAAUUCAUAUUUAAAUAGUAAAUUCAUAAACUAUUGAAAUAAAAUAAUCGAACAAGUACAGAUGCAGAACUGUUUAUAAAAUAAUACGGAAAUAUUUAAUUUUUUAAAGAAUAUAUUUAAGACGGAAAGGUAUAACUUGUCAGAUAAUUCUUUUAUAAAUGUGAUUUAGAUCAAUAUUAGCACAACUAGUAUGUGACAAAAAAAGGUGAUUUUAGAAGGAUAGUUAUCUUUAUACUUUGAGUAGACUUAAUAAAAUAAAUUAAUUUUAUUAAAGAAAUUAUUCCCAGGUGAUAUAAUAGAAGCUGGAUCUUUUUUAGAGUAAUAAAUCUUUUUUAUGACAACAAAAGUAACUUCUGAAGCAGGAGCUAAAAUAGUAAGUUUAUCUGAGAAAGAUUUCUAUACUAUUUUUAAUAGAUAAGAAAACGAAAAGCAUUAAUAUAUAAAAAACUUUAUUAAAGGAAUCAAUUUAUUUUCAGAUUGGCCAAAUGAUAGCAUUUUAAAACUUUAAUUAGUUGCUUAAGUAUAUACUGUUUUUAAAUCUUAGAUUAUAUAUUAAGAAGGAUAAUAAAGUCAUGCCAUAUUUAUAAUUAAAAAUGGGGAAUUCGGGGUAUUUUUUAAUUUUUGUAUUUUUUUAAUUAACUUAAAUAAAAAAGGAAUAUAAAAAAAGAUCGUUAUGGAUGAAAAACAAAAUGAACAUUUAAAAUGAAUAUGAUGGUUUUAAUUUAAAAAAUUAUGAAGAAUUCUGUGAAAACCCAACAGGAGUUUUAGCCAAAAAAGGUGAAACAAAAAAGCAAGUUAUGCAAAAAAUAUCUAAUAUUUUAAUUAGAUCAACUAUAGAAAUAAAUUCAGAUUUAGUAGAUAGUCUUACUGGGUUUUAGUGUUUUGGAAUUUAAGAAAUAAUUUAUAAUAAACCUAGAUAAACAAGUGUGAUUUGCAAAUCUUAAUAAGGAGAAAUUAUAUAAAUAAAAAUUAAAGACAUGCUAUUAAUUGCGUCAGAAAGUCCUAUUCUGAAGCUUUUAAUAAUUUAAAAAAUGAUGAUGACAUAAAAAUAAAAUAACUAAACGAAUUUUAAUGCAGAAAUUAACAUAUUAAAUCAGACUGGAAAUCAAGCUAAAUAAUAUUCUUUUGAUUUAUUAAAUAGAAAUUCAAACGAAUUAAAAAAUACAGAAAGUAAUUCAAAUACGUUUUAAAGUUAAAGAAGCUCAUAAAAUUAGAAUGAAAAAAAAAAAAUCAAUUCAAAUGACGAAAGAAAUUUGAUAAAAAAAGACUAUAUUAUUUAAAAAAAAAAUAAAAAAUUAGAAGAUGAUUUAUAAUUAAAACUACCUUAAAUUCCAAUUAAUAAAUUAAAUAUGAGUAUGAAUUUUGCUUAAAAUAAUAAAUAAGGAAAUAAAAAAUAAUAAGCCGAUCAUCAAGAUUAUAGAUAAUUGAGUUCAAAUUGUUCAUAAAACGAAUCAUAUUUUUAAUAACUAUUGUAAUCUAAAAGAUAAAUAAAUUUUUGAAUACUAAUUUUUAUAUAGCUUUUACUGA